UCACUCUCUCUCACUCUCUUGUUUUUUCUGCAGAAUUGUUUAAGUUGUUUGAUGUUUUGUUGAAUCUUAAAUAAAACUUAAUAAUUGUAACAACAAAAAAACACGCUAUGGCUUCGGAGUCUGCUGCAAUGGAUUGCUCAGACCCCGUAGAUACGGAGUCGGUUGACACUUCAACGAAAGUAGAUGCAAAUAAAUCGCUUGCCGCUGCAGCUUGCGACGCCGGCUUCGCAGUGCAGGCAGAAAACAAAACCUCUGAGACAGAUGUCGAUAAGUCAAUGUCCUUGGAUGAAGAAGAAUUGUCAACGGCUGGCGAUAUUUCAAUCGUCGAACCAUCUUCAAGUGAACACAAGAGAGAGUCGGAAUGUGACAAGAGCAUUAAGAUAACUGCAUCUGCAGAUGAUAAGAUUAAGCAUAUUUUGAACGAAGGCACAUCUAUGACAAUUUCGAAGGAAGACAUAGGAUCUUCGAUUGAUAAACUUGAUUCAACUAAACCAAUCGAAACUGAUUUGGAUAGUAGCAUUGAACUUAUCAGCAGUUCGGUUACUGACGAUGCCGAAGAUAUUGAAAAAGACAUGGACUACAAUGUAGAAAUUCGUGUUCCAACUCCGAAUGAAGGCGAAGUCCCUUCAAUAGAUAAUAUUAAGUCCACUAAACCAAUGGAAGUUGAUUUGGAUAGCAGCAUUGAAAUGAUUGGCAGUCCUGUGGUUGCGCCUGCAUCUUCGGGCAACGAUGAUCAGGAAGAAUUAGUUGGUAAGGAAAAGGAACGCGUGGUCGACAGCGACAGCAGUAUUGAACUCAUUAAUAGUCCCGACAAAGAAGCUGUUGGCGAAAAGAAUAGGGAUUUGAUUACAGAAAAUACAGAAACCCAAUUAGAACCUGAUUCAGAGUCGAAAUACAUGCAAGAUAAUGCAGAAGGCGAGCAGGUGCUAAAGACAGUUGAAAAAGAUGACAUCCUGGCAUCUACAGACAAGAAUACUGAUGAUGCCAAAACAAGUAACGAUUCCGAUGAGGCCAAGGAAGAAAAUGAGAAAAACAAGGUGGAGGAUAGUGCUCAUGUUUCUCCAUCAUCCACUCCAGAUAUACCACAAGAGGAUAAAAUAUCUGUAUCAAAGGAGGCUCUAGAAAAAGCUGAGCACAUGAAAAUAGAUGCAAGCCUCAAUGAUGACAUUAAGGAAGAAGAACUGAAAACAGAAGACAUAUCAGAAACGAAAGAAGUCGAGAUGAUAGAACAAGACGAUUUGGUAGAUGAUAAUGAAAUCUACUACAGGAAGGAUUGCGUUAACUGUAACUGCCACAAGAUGCACAAACAAUUUGUUCGCGCUAGUCUGGCAGUUCUCAACUACUACAAGGUGCCCAGAAAGAGCCACAAUCGGCAGUUCAUCUGCUUGGAUUGCUAUGACGCAGCAAUGGACGUAUACGAGGACUAUGCUGGAUACUUGUUCGCCAAGCAGCCGUUGCUGCUGCGUAAUUUCAAGCAAGAUCAUGCGGAUUUUGUGGCACUGGACAGCAGCGAUGAAGAGGAAAAUGACGAUGAGCCGAACAAAGCUGAAUUCUCGGAAAAUGAUUUGAAUCUAAUUGAAACUGAGCUAGAUGAUGCCAUAAAAACUGUUAUGAGCAAGGUGGGAAUGAACGACCAAAUGGCUUGGUCCAAAACCAUCUUGCAAUCAAAGUCGGAUCGCAUUGGACAUGAACUCGAUUUGGCCAACGAAGAGCUGAGUAAGCUGCAGAAUAUGGCUGACAAAAUGCACUUUGCCUUGUACAAUCACUGUCCAGUGGUGCAUAAGCAUUUGCCGCCACUAGAUCUAUACCAAAAUAUGACUGAUUAUGUGCAAGUGCCACCAGCUGGUGAUAUAGAGCGUCCGCCGAUCCAACUCAACGAGACCUACUAUGCUGUGAAGAAUAAGGCCAUCGCCAGCUGGGUAUCAGUCAAAGUAAUUGAGUUCACUGAAAGCACAACUGUUGGCGGCAACUUGGUUAAGAGCUAUAAAAUCAAGUAUCUCAAUACGCCAUACCAAAUGGUCAAAACUGUAACGGCCAAGCAUUUAGCUUACUUUGAACCGCCACCAGUGCGUCUAACAAUUGGCACUCGGGUAAUAGCCUAUUUCAAUGGCAGCACAUUGUCGCGCGGCAAGGAGCGAGCUGUGGUGCCGAGUGCCUUCUAUCCAGGCAUUAUUGCUGAACCCUUAAAGCAGGCCAACAGGUUCAGAUAUCUGAUCUUCUAUGAUGACGGCUACACACAGUAUGUGCAGCACAAUGAUGUGCGUUUGGUCUGCAUGGCCUCAGAGCGAGUGUGGGAGGAUGUGCAUCCUGGCUCACGAGAUUUCAUUCAGAAGUAUGUGGAAAAGUACUCCGUGGACAGACCGAUGGUGCAGUGCACGCGUGGCCAGAACAUGAACACCGAAUCAAACGGCACCUGGCUCUAUGCCCGCGUCAUUGACAUCGAUUGCAGUCUGGUGCAGAUGCAGUUCGACGAUGACAAGAAUCAUACCGAGUGGAUAUAUCGCGGAUCCUUGCGACUGGGUCCCGUGUUCAAGGAAACGCAAAACGCUCUUAACAGCGCCAAUGCCAUGCAACAGCAUCGUUUGCCCCGUCGCACCGAACCGUUUAUACGCUACACCAAGGAAAUGGAGACGAGCAACAGACAGGUUAACCAGCAGAUGCGGGCAAUUGCACGCAAGAGCAGCUCUGCUCCGCAAAAUGUCAACAAUUUGCCGACCUCUUCGGCCUCGGCGACUGCUGCCAAUGCUGCAACCGCAGCACGCAACACAGUGCGUCACUUGAACAACUCGACCAUCUAUGUGGAUGACGAGAAUCGGCCCAAGGGCAAUGUCAUCUACUUCACCGCCAAGCGCAAUGUGCCACCAAAGAAGUAUACGCCACAUGUCUGCUCUCCGGGUUGUUUGUUCAAGAUGGUACAUCGCCUAGAUAGCUACAGUCCGUUGGCCAAGCCACUGCUCUCUGGCUGGGAGCGCUUGGUCUUCAAGCAGAAGGCUAAGCGCAACGUUGUCUAUCGGGGACCCUGUGGCAAGAGUUUCCGCAAUCUGGCCGAGGUGCACACUUAUUUACGGGUCACGGAAAACGCGUUGAAUGUGGAAAACUUUGACUUUACGCCAGAUUUGCGUUGCUUGGCUGAAUACUCCAUUGAAUCUCCCAUUGUGAAGGAUCCGGAUAUUUCGAAGGGUCAAGAGAAAAUGGCUGUGCCACUGGUUAACUACUAUGAUAGCACCCUGCCACCGCCCUGUAUAUACGCCAAACAGCGCAUUCCCACAGAGGGGGUGCAUUUGAAUCUUGACGAGGAGUUUCUGGUGGGCUGUGAUUGUGAUGAUGACUGCUCGGAUAAAUCAAAGUGCGCAUGCUGGCAGCUGACGGUUGCGGGUGCCAAGUACUGCAAUCCCAACAAACCCAUCGAGGAGAUCGGCUAUCAGUAUAAGCGUCUGCACGAGCAUGUUCCCACUGGCAUCUAUGAAUGCAAUUCCCGCUGCAAGUGCAAGAAGAACUGCUUAAAUCGUGUGGUGCAGCACUCGCUGGAAAUGAAGCUGCAAGUUUUUAAGACAUCGAAUCGAGGCUGGGGAUUGAGAUGUGUUAAUGAUAUACCCAAAGGCGCCUUCAUAUGCAUAUAUGCUGGACACUUGCUGACCGAAACCAUGGCCAACGAGGGAGGUCUGGAUGCUGGUGAUGAGUAUUUUGCCGACUUGGAUUACAUUGAGGUGGCCGAGCAACUGAAGGAGGGCUACGAAUCCGACGUCGAGCACUCGGCAACCGAAGAGGAGGAAGAUACCUAUGCUCCAGAUCCAGAGGACGAUGAUGACUUCAAACCCAAUAAGUAUUACCAACCGCGCAAAAAGGACAAGCUGCGGACUUCUCGCAGCCAAUCAAAUCAAGCUAAUGAGCUGGACUCACAAGAGCGUGCCGUAAUUAAUUUCAAUCCAAAUGCUGAUCUAGAUGAAACAGUGCGUGAAAAUUCAGUGCGACGACUCUUUGGCAAAGACGAAGCUCCCUAUAUUAUGGAUGCAAAGACAACCGGCAAUUUGGGUCGUUACUUUAAUCACUCUUGUGCACCCAAUCUGUUCGUGCAAAACGUAUUCGUGGACACACAUGAUCUGCGUUUUCCAUGGGUUGCUUUCUUUUCGGCCGUUCACAUACGCUCUGGCACUGAGCUCACUUGGAACUACAACUACGAGGUCGGCGUUGUGCCUGGAAAAGUUCUGUAUUGUCAAUGCGGAGCUUCGAAUUGUCGCAUACGUUUACUUUAAAUUCUAUUCAUAUCUAAUUAUGUAGCUGAAAGCUAAGAUUAAUUAGCUUAUUAAGCAUGCACAAACUAUAACAUAAUUCCAUUUAAAUCAAAUAAAUACAACCCAUGCUUGCACUGAACAUUUA